AUGAGUGAUAAGCCAGACUUGUCCGAAGUGGAGAAGUUUGACCGAUCAAAACUGAAGAAAACCAAUACUGAAGAAAAAAAUACUCUUCCCUCCAAGGAGACUAUCCAGCAGGAGAAAGAAUGUGUUCAAACAUCAUAA